CAUUUGUUUGAGUCUUCUGACGUCAAGUGCGAUUCUUAGGUGGCUGAAGGUGAAAUUGAUCGGACGCUUCAGACUGGGCAGUAGAAUUCUGACGGUCAAGAUCUUCUGCAGAGAACACCAUAAAUUCAGUUUUCGAGAUUAAAAGGAUCUUGACGGGGCAAAAAUUGGCGCCAAAUUUUUGCUUCUUAAAGUAUCCCUUAAUUUUCUUUACCGCUUUCAAAGCUCCCUCUCUCUCAGAAUCUAAAAUGCAGCGCCAGAAAUCGAUACUCUCGUUCUUGCAAAAACCUUCACCGGCGAGCCAAGACGGCAUCGGCGGAAAGGUAAAAGGCCAAGAAGCUUCUCAGUUUCCUUCAAAGCAACAGAACCAAAAUGCGGCCGUUUGUGGCUCGUCUUUGGAAGUCACAGGCGCCGAUACUCCACCGGAGAAGGUGCCACGUAAGGUCUUGCCAGCGAGCUUUGCGGCCAAUACCGAGAGCAGGGAUUCUUCUUCUAUGUUUUCUUGUAUCAUGCACAAGUUUGUGAGGGUUGACGACAAAGAAAAUGCAAGUCGGAGUAACCGGGCACGUAACAAUUCUUCUAAUGUGGAAGAAUUGCCUAAAGUGGAAUUAACUGCUCAACCAACUGAACUGGCCAAUGUUUUAAGUAUUGAGAGUGAUGAUGAUCUGAGGCCAGAAACACCUGUUACUUUGCCUGGUGUUUCUCCUAAGCGAAUUCAAGGUGACUUACCUAAGUUUGGGGAUAGGAAGGAUAGUUCUUUGUUGGAUUCUGGUAAAAGAGUAAAGCUUCACCAGGACUCUAUUGUUGGGAACAAGAAUCAUAAGGAUGUCGCUGAUAUUGUUAGCAAAUUUGAUUGGCUUGAUCCUUCUCGCAUCAAGGAUUCUAAUAGAAGAAGGCCUGGUGAUCCCCUUUAUGACAAGAAGACUCUCUAUAUACCUCCGGAUGCUCUCGAGAAAAUGUCAGCAUCUCAAAAACAAUAUUGGAGUGUCAAAUGCCAAUAUAUGGAUGUUGUUCUCUUCUUUAAAGUGGGGAAAUUCUAUGAGCUCUAUGAAAUAGAUGCUGAAAUUGGCCACAAGGAGCUUGAUUGGAAAAUGACAGUAAGCGGAGUUGGCAAAUGCCGCCAGGUUGGUAUAUCAGAAAGUGGAAUUGAUGAUGCUGUUCAAAAGCUGGUUGCUCGUGGAUACAAAGUGGGACGUAUGGAGCAGUUAGAGACAUCUAAGCAAGCAAAAGCUAGGGGAGCAAAUUCUGUAAUUCCAAGAAAAUUAGUUCAAGUAAUCACACCAUCAACAAUAGUUGAUGGUAACAUUGGGCCGGAUGCUGUUCAUUUACUUGCUCUAAAGGAGGGCAACUAUGGAGUGGAGAAUGGUUCAACUGUCUAUGGGUUUGCUUUUGUUGAUUGUGCUGCUUUAAAAUUUUGGGUUGGUUCCGUCAGCGAUGAUAGUUCUUGUGCUGCUCUAGGAGCUCUAUUGAUGCAAGUGUCUCCUAAGGAAGUCAUAUAUGAAAGUGCAGGGCUGCCCAGAGAAGCCCAUAAAGCACUCAAAAAGUACUCAUUUACUGGAUCUGCAGCAGUUCAACUGAGUCCUGCACUUUCAGUCACUGAGUUUUUGGAUGCUUCUGAAGUUAGAAAUAUGAUUCAGUCAAAUGGGUACUUUAAAGGGUCACUUAAUUCAUAUAUUAAUGCUCUUGAUGGUGUAAUGCACCAUGAUGUUGCAUUGUGUGCGCUUGGUGGAUUAGUCAGUCAUCUAUCACGAUUGAUGCUGGAUGACAUUUUAAGGAGUGGAGAGAUUUUACCCUACCAAGUUUACCAAGGUUGCCUCAGAAUUGAUGGACAGACACUAGUAAAUCUUGAGAUAUUCAGAAAUAGUGCCGAUGGUGGUUCUUCAGGUACAUUGUACAAGUAUCUUGAUUAUUGUGUGACCUCAUCUGGUAAGCGGCUUUUAAGGAGCUGGAUUUGCCAUCCACUGAAAGAUGUUGACUGCAUUAACAACAGGCUAGAUGUGGUUGAAGAAUUAAUGUCACAUUCAGAAAAAAUGUUACUCAUUGCUCAAUAUCUUCGCAAACUUCCAGACUUAGAAAGGCUAAUUGGACGUGUUAAAGCUAGCAGUCAAUCAUCAGCUUCUCUCGUUCUUCCCAUGAUAGGAAAAAAAGUAUUGAAACAACGGGUGAAAGCUUUUGGGACUCUUGUCAAAGGUCUCAGGAUUGGAAUGGAUUUGUUAAAACUAUUACAAAAGGAUGCAGAUAUGGUAUCUCUAUUAUCAAAAGUUUUUACGCUUCCAAUGCUAAGUGGCACUAAUGGGCUUGAUGAAUUCCUUAGUCAAUUUGAAGCAGCCAUAGAUAGUGACUUCCCAAAUUACCAGAACCAGGAUUUAACAGAUACGGAUGCUGAAACGCUUUCUAUACUGAUUGAAUUAUUUAUCGAAAAAGCCGCUCAAUGGUCUCAAGUCAUUCAUGCGCUAAACUGCAUUGAUGUACUAAGAUCUUUUGCAGUAACUGCAAGUCUUUCAUUCGGGGCUAUGGCAAGGCCUCUUGUGUUGCCUCAAUCAAAAACUGUAACUUUGAACCAAGAAACAGGAGGACCAAUACUUAAAAUUAAAGGGCUUUGGCAUCCAUUUGCCCUUGGGGAGAAUGGGGGACUGCCUGUCCCAAAUGACAUUUUCCUGGGUGAGGACGCAAAUGCCUAUCAUCCCCGUGCUUUGCUAUUGACUGGACCAAAUAUGGGUGGAAAAUCGACUCUCUUACGCGCUACUUGUCUGGCUGUUAUACUGGCCCAGCUGGGCAGUUAUGUACCCUGCGAGACAUGUGUUCUCUCGCUUGUGGACAUAAUCUUUACGAGGCUUGGUGCUACUGAUCGAAUCAUGACUGGCGAGAGUACCUUCCUCGUGGAGUGCACCGAAACAGCAUCAGUUCUUCAAAAUGCCACCCAAGAUUCUCUCGUUCUUCUUGAUGAACUGGGUCGAGGAACAAGCACUUUUGAUGGAUAUGCUAUUGCAUAUGCAGUGUUCCGCCAUCUUGUUGAAAAGGUUCACUGUCGGCUACUAUUUGCAACACACUACCAUCCCCUCACUAAGGAGUUUGCAUCUCAUCCACACGUUACACUGCAACACAUGGCCUGCUCCUUAAAAUUGAAGUCUGAACGCUGUUCUGAAGGUGAGCAGGAGCUGGUUUUCCUAUAUCGGCUUACCGAUGGACCAUGCCCAGAGAGCUAUGGUUUGCAAGUUGCAAUCAUGGCUGGGAUUCCGGAACAUGUAGUGGACGCUGCGUCAGGGGCUGGACAAGUAAUGAAAAGAUCCGUUGGGGAAAGUUUUAGGGCAAGUGAACAGAGAUCAGAAUUCUCAACUCUCCAUGAAGAGUGGUUGAAGACCCUAGUAAAUGUCUCGCAGGUUGGUAAUCAUAACUUGGAUGAGGGUGAUGCUUAUGAUACCUUGUUUUGCUUGUGGCAUGAACUAAAAAAUUCAUAUAGAGCCUUCAACUAAAAGCGAAAGCAUUUAAUUGAAAAAUUGUAUCGUCAAAAAAUCCUUUUUUUUUUUUUGUAAUUUUAUAUCAAUUUUCUUUUCCCAGAAAUGGAAAGAUACGUUCAUUUACUGUGUAUGCAGUUUUUGGAUUUGGGCUAGUUGGCUUCGUUUUUCUCUG